AUGCCGUCUGUCCGCAGAGACGACGACGCCAUAAAGAGCCUCGAUUCCCUCGUCCAGACCGCUGCCUCUCUCCUCUCCCGCCUCCAGGCCGUGCUGCUCGAGAUCCAGAAAUCCCCCGCCUCGUCCCCCGCCUCGUCCCCCUCCCCCGCCGUCGCGACCGACGCCGUCCCAGACGCCCGCCUCCAUGCUCUGGCUCUGGCGCACGAUUCCGCCUCCCUGAUACGCGCCCACGGCACCAAGAUCUCGCUCCUCGUCAUCAACGAGCCCUUCACGCCGGCCGCCGUCUCCGCCGUCCUGGGCGAGCUCGCUGCCGGCCCGGUCCCGGCUCUCGUCUCCUCCGUGCAGGCUUGCACGUCCCACCUGUACACCGAGGCCGUUCGGAAGGAAUUGGCCGGCAAGGCAAACCGGGUGCUGUCCGAGCUGCGGGAGCUUUUGAAGACGAUCCCUCGCCAUGCCAAAGUCUUGCCGGGAUCGGAAUCCCCCAGGCGUGCCUUUUCCCCUCCAGACAGGGGCAGCUUGCCAGCCACCGGGCUGCUCUGGUCGGCAUGCGACGAUGUGGUCAACUUGUCCAAGGGGGGAGUUGGCGGAUUCUUUGUACAAAGGGUCCGUCAGUGGAAGGACACCCUCUGCGACAUCACGCAAGAGUUGAAGGAUUGGGGAGACGAGGAGCCAGAUGAUGGUGAUGAUGAUGACGACCAUGACGACGACGACGACGACGACGACGACGACGACGAACCAGGCCAAUGCAGUCCUGUUCAUGCAGUUACCGAGCGACUCGCCAACAGCUCCCUCUCCACACAAGCCAUUCUCGACCAGCUCAUGAGCUCUCAUCAGACCAUACCCCGCUCCGACCCCGACCGUAUCCGCCCCCGGCUCGAAACCUCCCUCAAGCGGCUGCGCCUCGUAACCCUGCUGUACCAGGCUCUCACGAAGCGCCGCCUCCGCAAGCUGCCCCCUCUGCCGCCGGGCCCCGACCAAGACGCCAGCGUCGCCCCGCGGCUGGACGCCAUGGCCAGGGCCCUCGCCAAGCUGCCGGAAACCUUUGGCGACCUGGCAUGCGCCUUUUACGAGCUGGCGCCGGGAGACAUUGACGCGGCCAUGGACCAGUGUCUCUCGGACGCCCUUGCCGCCACCGAGCUGCUUGCCAACGAUUGGCAAGGUGGCCGCGAUGGGUUUUCCGACUGGACCGACAAGUUUCGGGUGGAAAUCGACAAGAUGUAG